CGUAAAAUAAAAGUUUUCUAAGGCCAAAAUAUGGAAUUGAAGAGGGUGUUACAGUAAUACUUCAUUGCACUAUCAAUUCGAAGCACGCAAUAGAAGCCAACAAUGGUCAACAUCAAUGGCGAAACCAUUGAAUACAUAUUUCAAACCUCAGAUGCCGCGUUAAAGGUACGCCAACUUAUUGGUGUCACUUAUUGUAGCAGCGUAGAACUUUCGAAGCGAUUGAAUAUGUGCUGCAAGCAAAUCCAGAACUAUGGACGCAAACGCUGCUACAUGGAACACAAAUCAUUCACACACCAGUUAUUACGUUUAAUGUCACUUUUUUGCGUGCAAUUAAACCUUUAUUAUCACGACGUGUGUCAACUGGGUUUUGCCAAUGAGCUAGAGGGCAAAGCAGUUUCAGUAUCUUUGAGCUUACCGGCACUUGGCCGUGCUAUUAGCAGCUAAAACACAGAAAUU